AUGCAGAAAGGAAUAACUGGUGUCUAUUCGGGAAUUGUCUCCAGCGGUAAUGGAGACUCUUCCGAUGAGCUCAACAUCAGCUCGACCUUCCAUCGAGGUAUCGAGGAGAGUGACUCCAAUGGUGUCGUUCAUUUCCAAUCUACCUUCCCUGGUAAUUACACUAGCCGCGCCACUCACAUCCAUGUUCUUACCCACCCGGCCAAUGAGACUGAAGUUCUUGCGAACGGAACAAUAUCUGGCCUGUAUACAUCGCACUCGUCGCAUGUUGGCCAGUUUUUCUUCGACCAGGAUCUGAUUUCUGCCAUCGAGAAGAUUUCACCGUACACUACCAACACACAAGACCUGACCACUAACGCCCACGACUCGAUCCUUGCCGAGGAAGCCGAUGCCAUUCAGACAUUAUGGAGUAUGUCUAUCUGGGCGAUGAGGUCUCUGACGGAAUCUUUGCUUGGAUCUCUGUUGCGUUACCCCCGCAGCCUAUACACUGAGCAGGGCGGUCCUGAGAACGAGAGCUCUGGUGGCAUGGGCGGUGGCGGUGGUGGUAACGGAUGCUCUCCCCCUGGUGCCUCCACUACCCGCGUUUUCGCUUGA